AUGAAAUUCGAAAUUUCCGCCACCCGCGCCGCUGCGCUCGUAGCUCUCAUUGCGAGCGUCGAAGCCGCUCGCCAUGGCCACCAGCAUCUCCACCACCACGAAGCCCGUGUCGUUCCGGAGACUACUACCCUUCAGAAGAGAGGUGGACAGUGCCAGUUCCCUAGUGAUGCUGGAUUGGUUUCUGUCACUCCCAAUGAGGAAAACGCCGGAUGGGCUAUGAGCCCAAAUCAGCCUUGCAAGCCCGGCAACUACUGUCCCUACGCCUGUCCUCCUGGUCAGGUCUCGAUGCAAUGGGAUCCAGAGGCUACUUCUUACUCUUACCCCAUGUCUAUGAACGGUGGACUUUACUGUGACGAGGAUGGUGAAAUUCAGAAGCCUUUCCCCAACGAGCCUUACUGUGUGGAUGGAACCGGUGGAUUGACAGCUCACAACAAGGCCGGCAAGACAGUCUCUUUCUGCCAGACUGUCCUGCCUGGAAACGAAGCCAUGCUUAUCCCGACCUUGGUCGAGGAAUUCGCUACCCUUGCUGUUCCUGGAAUGUCCUACUGGUGCAGCACUGCUGCUCAGUACUACAUCAACGCCCCUGGUGUUACUGCUGAGGAGGGAUGUAUCUGGGGUACCAGCGCCAACCCCGUUGGUAACUGGUCUCCCUACACUGCUGGUGCCAACACCGAUGAAUCCGGUGACACUUACGUGAAGAUCGGCUGGAACCCCAUUUACUUGGAGCCUACCACUCCAUUCCGGGAUGUCAAGCCCGAGUUUGGUAUUGAGAUCGAGUGUGAUGGUGACGAUUGCAAUGGUCUCCCUUGCCGUAUCGACCCCUCUACCAUGGGCGUCAAUGAGAUGCAUGCUCCUGAUGUUUUCACUGGUGCCGGUGGCGCCACUGGUUGUGUUGUGACUGCUUCUAAGGGUUCGAAGGCAAAGAUCGUUGUCUUCGAACUUGAUGGCAGUGGAUCUAGCGCUAGCGAGACUGUAUCUGUUCCCACCAGCACUGUCGCUCCUACCAGCACUAGCACCAGCAUCUCCACUUCGACCUCCACCUCCACUCCUACCCCCACUACUACCAGCACUACCUCGACCUCUACAUCUUCCAGCACAUCUAUCUCUAUAUCCACUUCGACCUCCCACUCGACUUCCUCUACCACCUCUAUCUCUACUCACAGCUCUACCGCCACCCCCACUUCAUCUCACCACUCAAGCUCAAGCACCAGACUUCCCAAGUCUAGCCCCAGCAUGAGCUACACCUACCGCCCUCAAAACUUCAACCCCACCGGUACAGCUGUGAUCUCAGGCGAAUCUGGUGCAUCCGCAACCAGCGGUGCCUCCCCCGCCUCGAGCUCCGCCGGUACUAAUGGUGCCGCCGGCUCUGCCGCUUCCAUGAUCAGCCUGUUCUUCGGUGCCGUCGCCGCUAUGGCCAUUCACGUCUAA